AUAAACUCAGAAUGGUUAGUGGUUAUGCAAGUCCCUCGCCCUCGCCCUCGUCGUCACCCCCAACUCCACAAUCCCCACUGCCUGUGAGCGUAGGACCUGCACAUCACCCCUACUAUUUCUCUUCGUCUCCUUCUCCUUCCCCACCAUUCUCACCACACCCUUCCCCCCAUACAGACAUCCUCUACCCGAUAUCUAUUGCUGCCUCUCCAUUGCCAUUUUCCCUGGAUCACCAACUCCAACCUCAUAAACUAAAUUCCACAUGCUCCUGCCUUUUAGACUUACUCAAAUGGUUUCUUCAGAGAUGUUGCACUUCUUUUACAACCAGAAAAAGGUGUCACUGGGUCAUAGAUUUUUACGACUGCCGCAAGACAAUGGCUACACGAGAGAAAAAGCAAAGCCAGACAGAGCUUGCAGGAGUCAGCGCUCAAAUGGCUUUAUAGUAACCAAGUUCCUCAAAA